AUGGCACUCACGGAGCAGGAGAAGGACCAUGCUCUAUGGGCAAGCCUGAUGCGGAGGCUUGCCAUGGAGGAUAAGAUGAACAUCAGUGCUUUGCCUCGCAGACCACCGCGGCUUGACAACCAGGUCUUUGCUUUGUCCCAGUGGUACGACGAGCAU